GAAUAUGAACGAUCAAACACCCAAAGAUCUGACUCAAGAAGUUGAGUCGAAUAAACCUUUCAUUGAUCUCAGGUUUGUAAGAGAUCUUAACACACCAGAGAGCAGACAGUUAACCGAAAAAGCAAUGAUGUCUACAAGAGGAGAGCUAUACUCAAAUUUCAACUCUCCUACUAGCGACACUUUAUCAUUCUUCAACUCCAAGCCGAAGAAUGAUAAAACUCAAGGAGGCCUGAAACAGAAGUACCUGAACCAUAAGGCGAAGGAGCUUGGCAAGCAAUUUCCGAAAGGGUUUUCUGACUUUAUCAAAGUUGCUCCCAAGAGUCAUAAGAUAAUUCAGUAUAAUCAGACAUUAAAUCUUGCCAAGAUCUCAAAGAAAGACAAGUCUUCUAAGAAGAAUGUAGGAAAACUCUCAAACCUCAAAUCUUUAAGACAAAAUAAUGCAGUGAUUAAAUAAAAUUCCUAAGAGAAAUAAACCUACCAAAGAAAUUCAUGCAAGCAAAGUAGUCAAAAGCUCGCUUUUACUGUUAACAAGCGACCAGAUUCAUCAACAUCAUGCCAAUGGUGUGGGCAAGAGCCAAUUUCACUUAGAACGAGACAAGCCCAGUCUUUUUGAGAAGGCAACCUCUGGCUUACUCUUUAACCCAAAAUCAGGCAAGAAGCCUUAUGUGUCCCAGUCUCCUAGGAAGUUGAACCCAGAAGAAAAGAGGAAGCUCAUUUCAGAGAAAAAGAUGCUAAGGUGGAAGGAAAGAGAUAGAAUAAUGAAGAAGAAGUACAAACAUGAAAGGAAGAAAAUGGUAAAAGAAUGAGAUAGCUUGAGAUACUUUCAAUAUCACACUGUCAGAGCUUCUCAAUCUAAGAAGAAGUUGCCUCUAUCGCCAAUGUUUUUAAACGAGCCCAUAUUUAAGUACCUCAGAGACACUCAGAGUCCAAGCCAUAGAGACUUUUACAUGACGCCAAGCGAGAAAGGUGCCAGAUCCCACUGGAAGAAACUUGAGCCAAAGAUAGAAACUCCAAAACAAAAUUUAUGAUUAUUCCUUAAAAAACUCAACAAAGAAAAGAUAUACCAAACCUUGAAAGAUAUUGAAAAAUCAUGAAAUGGAAUUGAUGCCCUACCUGAUGAAAGCAAUUUCAUCAGCAAAUACGAUCUGUUAAGCCACAUUUCCAAAGAUCACGACAAAAUAGACCAAAUUUCAGAAGCACUUGACAUAGAUAUGAUCAAGAGUAUGAUUCUGAAGAAAAAGAAAGAGAAAGCUCAAAAAGAUUACCUAAAAUUCCUUAAGGACUCAGAAGCAGACUUAACAGUUUUUGAAGAGACAAAAUUACCUCAUAAACAAAGUAAAACUCAAAAUCCCACUUUCAAACGAAAUCGAAUUCGUCCCUCCAGAAAGGCUUACUCAACUUUCAGAAAACAAGAGGUGGCUACAAAGCAAGACAAGUUGUUUAGUGCUAGAAAGAGAUUGUGGGCCAAGAGCAAUGACAAAAUUAGACCGGAUUUACCAUUACUAGAGACUGCACCAAAAUCUAUAACUUGACUGAUAGAAGACUGAAAUAGUUUCUUAGCAUCUUAAAGUGUAUUAUUUUAAUGACUCUAACAAAUAUUAUAAAAGACACUGUAGAAAUCCAUUAAUAGCAAUUCUAUUUUAGAUAACAUUGAUAAAUCUUUCCAUCAUAAAGAGAGCCUCAUAAUAUCAUUACACCAUCCAAGGUAUUUAAAAGCUCUUUCACAAAUUUUCUGUGCUCAAUCAUCACCAAUAUCUCUUAAAACUCACCUUGUAACCCCACUACCUACAACUCCUCAACCCCUGACUCAAUAAGCUCCUUUAAAAAAUUCGUCCUACCCUAAGCUCUGAGUCCUCGGCUCCUUUUGAAUGGAGACUCUCAGGUGGCUUCCCUCCAAUGUGAAUACUUCCCAAGUCUGUGGUCUACUACGAUAGUGGGUUUACUCUUAAAAUGAUUAUGCUGCACUGCCUAGAGAGGUGAAGUCUGGGUUUGGGGUCGUGAGCCGGUGGCAAUGGCCUAGGGGGUCGGGAAGUUAGCAAAGGCUUUUAGU